CGGAGGUUCGUUUGCAGAGAAGAUGAUGAAGAGGAUGGGCUGGGAGGAAGGGAAGGGGCUCGGGGCGCAGAGCCAGGGGAUCACCGCAGCUCUGCAAGCGCACAAGACUGGCAACAAGACCGGGAGGAUAGUGAGCAACGAGCUCGGACAGCUCGGAGCUCCCAGCCGCUGCGUCCUGCUGACGAACAUGGUCGGGGCGGGGGAGGUGGACGAGCGGCUGGAGGAGGAGACGAAGCAGGAGUGCUCAAAGUACGGCUUCAUCUCCCGCUGCGUCAUCCAUGAGCUGCCUCCUGGAGCUCCGGAGGACCAGGCGGUCAGGAUCUUCCUCCUCUUCGGCAAGCAGGAGAGCGCCAUGAAGGCUGUCAUGGACCUCGACGGCAGGUUCUUCGGUGGCCGACAAGUCCGCGCGAGCUUCUUCGGGGAAGAUGACUUUGCGAACAAGAAACUGGACCCCAAGGAGACGGACGACGAAUUAUGAAGGACAAUCCAUAUUCUCCUUCUCCUCCUUGACCUUAGCGUAGUUGUCCUUCCCCUUUCCUUCUCUUGCUGCUUCUGCUUCUACUCUGCAACGUGCAGGGGUGGAGGAGGAAGGAGCAGUGGAAGAUGAGCUGACAGCGGUAGUGGAAAAGGAGGUGGGAAAGUCGAUGAUGAUGAUGAUGAUGAUGAUGAUGAUGAUGAUGAGAUAUGAGUUGCAUUACUUGACGUGUCUAGCUCAGUACAUUCACAAUGAUC